GGCGCGAUGGCGGCGGCGGGGCGGCGGCGCUGAGGAUGAUAUCGCGAUACGCGCGGAAACCGGUGCAGCCACGAGGACUCCCCAAACAUGCCCUGAGGCAUCACCCACCGCCAGAGCCGCGGGCUCAGGUGUGCUCAGCCACACCCACGGCUGAAAACCGAGCCUCGACCUCCAGGGAGUCGGGAAUCCGUAAGGGAUCCGAUGAUCAUGGGGAUGCACGGACUGCGAGUCAGGGUUGUGCUGACACCUCCACAGAAGACAGCUCAGUCUUCUCCUGGGGCUAUGACGAAUUUGACAAAGCUGCCACACAACAAGUUCAGCAGAUGUUCAGACAAAUUGAUGAGCUUCUGUAUGAGCAGAAAGAGACAGUUCAUGUUGAGGGGCUGCGGGAAGAAUGCCACCAGUGGUCCUCCAGCUUUCCUCACCUCAGGGUGGUGGGGAAGCAGGUGGUGCCCCCCACAGAUGAAGGCUAUGGAUGGUACUCGAGCUCCCCCUCGGGCACUUCGGCUCCCUCGGAUGUAAGUUCACCACAGGAAAAGGAUUCUGAUGAAUUUAGUGUUGUGGGCAAGAAGGUGCCUCUUUUUGUUGCUCCUGCUCACAAAAAGACCAACCCUUCCAAGCGUCCCACCUUGUGCUCCUCAGAGAGGGGUGAAGGGGAAGAGGAAGUCAUUCUCUCCGAAGGCAUAGUGGAGGAAUUCUUGGCAUUUGACCACAGAGAUGUGGAGGAGGAGUUGCAUGAGAGGAAAAUGGGGCUGUCCUCUGGCAGACGGAAAUUGGGGUUUCCUCCUGUCUCUCCCUAUUCCUGCAUGAAGGAUUCCGUGCUCACCUUUGUGUUUGACGAUGUGUGGAGUGAAGUGCUGGUCUGCAUGGAAGAAUUGAUCUGCAGGCACUGGGAAGGGUCAGCCUCUGAUGAUGAGAAAAAUAUCAUAGCAGUGGAAACGCUACGAGCAGAUGCCAGAAGCCCUUUGCAGCUGGAUCCUCUGCCAGCACUGUUACCUCGGGUGCCACACACAAAGAUGCCCUCAGUGGCCUCAAAUCUGUGCCCAAAACCCAGAGGUGGCCGCAAAAGCAAAAAGAGGAGAAAAACACCUCAAGUAAGUCUCUCUCAAGGCUCAAGUAGUAGUUCUCAGCGUAACCUGAAUGGCUUGAUGGUGAUCCAUGGGAUCCAGUUACACCAAAGGAACCUGCCUGUAGUGGAGAAAACACUGGACCUGGAGGACAAGCGGCCAGGUUCGAGCUCCCUCCUCUCCACCCGGGCGUGGCCAAACCGUCCCCUGGAGCUCAGCACCUCGUCCCUGUCCCGCUGCACCAGGAGGAGGAACCCUCCCCCACGGACCCUGCACCCCAUCGGGACCCCGCGCUCUGGCGAUGACGUCUGCAGGCGCCUCCUGACUGCACAGGAGCAGCUGACCUCACCCUCCCCACUGCUGCUGAACAGAAAUCACCCCCUGCCACCCAUUGCCACCACCACAGAGCAUGGGAGCACCACAGGAUCUCACAGGCAAACGAAACCUCGAGGGAACUCGAGCCGUGCUCAGAGUGUCACGGCACAAGAGGACACUCACCAGCAGCUCCAGGAGCAGCUGUUCUUACCUGAUCCCUUCUCCAGGCCUAGCACAACCAGCACAUCCUCGCCCCAUUCCCAGCGCCGCCGUUCUUGCACUGUUAUUGAUUACACUAAUCAAUCCUGGACAAGGAGAGCAUCCACAAGUUCAGGUCUUCCAUCCCGUGGCUCUGUGAAAGCCCACGGCCGAAGUGGAUCGGGCACAAAGAGCAAACAGAGGCACUGAUGUGCCAUGGAGGAGCAUCCACCCAUCCAUCCCUCUCCAGAGAGUCAUGAACCACCUCUCUUUCCCAGCAAGGUCAACGUUGUUUACACAGAGUUUUCAAACACCCUUCCUUCCAGAUAGUUAUUUUUAUAUAAAUCUAAGCAGCAGCUGCCAAAGAUUAGAAGGGGUGCACUCAAACAUUCCAUUUCUGACCAGUAGAGAAAGUGAUGCUCCAGUGGAAGGGUGAAUACAUUCCAGUGAAGCCCAGCUCCUGGGAAACCCAGCAAACACUCUCAGGCUGUGCCUGUGCUGUUUGCCAUGAGGCUGGUGACAGGUUCAUCUCCUUACAGGCACUGCAGGACCUGCUCAUUGUUCCCUUAGGAAGGUUAAUCCUUCUACAGACAUAGUGAUUUACAUAUUUUUUAAAAAUGUAUUUAUAUGAUUCAAUAUGUUUAAAGCAAUAUUGUACUAGCAAAAGCAAGCACUCAGCUUUGGCAGGUGAUGAAUGCUGUGGCAGCUGCAGCAGGUGUGAACACAGGUGUGCAGAACCAAGGCAGCAGAGCAGGUGACCUGGCAGCUCCAAGGGCAGCACACCACUGCCUCUUGCUGAGUUACAAAAAUACCUUUUACCUGUUCCUCAGUGAACAGGCAUAAAGAAACUUCCUACUACAAGUAGUUUCAGACAGUACUCAAAAUAAAAUCUUCCUGGUGAGACAUUUUAUGGUAAUUUCACAGAAUAGCUCAGUGUCCCUUUGGAAAAAUACCUGUAAUUACACAAGAUUUCUUCACUCCAAGGUAGAGCUCCAGAAGCCACUGAUGCAAUGGAGCUUUUAGGAGCUGUGUCUGCCCUGUGGACAGACCUAGCAGAGGCAUUUGCUGGAGUUGGCCUUGUGGCUCCAGAUAAGACAAAUGAAACCAUGAAGUACAGGCUUCUCAAAAUAAGUGAUUAAUUGAAGGUCUUACUCCCAAGCAGUAAGUGCCAGACUGAAAUGUAAAAAC